GAAUCUAAUAAUAGUAGUCUUGAAGAGUUAUCUUCAAUUAAUUAUAGUCGUGGGCAUAGCCAUGGCCAUAGUCGUCCAAGGUUAAAUAAUACUAUUCCAGGUCGUACUGUUAAGCAACGAAGUAAAGACAAAUGUGGUUUAGGUCAAAAAAGUAUAUAUAUGCUUUCUAAUUCAUCUGAUUACUACCUUAAAAAGACAGAUAUUUUGCCGACAGUGUUGAAUAGUAAGGCUAAACUUGCUCAAAAUACAUUUUUAGAAUUGAUAAAAAAUGAAGAAAAUAAUAUUAAUGAAUUAGUAAUUGAUCUUACUAAUCUGACAAUUGCACAAAAAAUAGAUACUUAUAGAGAAGUAAAUAAUACACAAAUAUCUACAGAAAACAAACUUGACAAUCGUCAAAUUGUUAAAAUUGCGCUAGCAGAACAAUUAGAAUAUGAGCAAGGUGAUCCAGAUAAUUCUAACAAAGAGCCUUCAAAUAUUUUGGCCUUAGAAGGACUAAGUGGACUAAAAAACUUUAUCUUGUUUGCUGAACAACAGAUAAGUAAUGAUUUUGAUAAAAAAGAUUUGAAAGUGUUUCGAAAAUACUUAUCAUUAAUGAGACAAAAAACUGUUGAAUUAUUCAAGCAAAAACUUAUUACAGAUUUUUUUGGUGGGGUGAGAAUUCAAAAUAAUAAAUAUUCUCCUAAUAAAGAUUAUUUUCUUGGUGAAGAAAAUUUUUUUGAUGACAAAGGUCUUUAUAAUGAUGAUCUUUAUGAUGAAAAUUCUAAUAAUGAGGGUCUUUAUAACAAAGAUUCUAAUCUUUAUAAAGAAGACCUUUAUAAUAAAGAUGAAGAUCUUUAUGCCAUUAAUAACCUUUAUGAUGAUAAUAAUCUUUAUAGCAAAGAUUUUAUAAAUGAUAAAAUGGAUUAA